AUGGGUUAUGAAUUAGAGCAGUUUAUAAGCGAAAUAAGCUUAAAUUAUAAGCGUAUUUGUUUGCCCAUGUCUGAUAAGUGGGAGGAAAACAGGAGCAACAUUCCUGAAUUCGACUACAAGGGUCUCUGGAGGGAGAUAGAGGGAAGCAGGGAGAUGACUGAGAUGGCUGAUGACAAUUCCAUGCUUCAGAGGAAGCCAGCUGAUGAGACAUUUGACCCAACUGAAUUCAUAAAGAUAACUGAGGAUGAGAUGAAGCAGGCCAAAAUACUCUCGAAACAGAGCCAGAAGGAGCACUUCGUAGACAAAGAAGGCGUCAGGGAGUACUUCAGGAAGAUCAACGAGUAUCUGGACCAGGAUAACCAGGAAUUGGACCUGAUUCUGGUCAAAUUGGAUGAAAUAGUAAAUAUCACCAAAUAG